UUACGGGCGAAAUAUGGGGCGAUUUAAGGCUUUGGGCAUAUUAGCUCUAAUAGCGUCAACAUACGCACUACCAACUCCGCAACCCCAGUGCCCGUGCGAGGCCUCACGGCAACCACCAUGCCCGUGCAAUUCUUGCCCGUCUUGCCCGCCCCAGCCUUGCCCGUACGAUCCUAGCCCGUCGCCUUGCCCGUACGAUCCUUCUCCGUCACCUUGCCCGUGUAACCCGGGCAACCCGUCGCCAUGCCCGCAUAACCCGGGCAACCCGUUCAACCCGGAAAACAUAUUCAACCCGGGCAACCCGUCGCCAUGCCCGUAUAACCCGGGCAACCCAUUCAACCCGGGAAACCCGUCGCCAUGCCCGUAUAACCCGGGCAACCCAUUCAACCCGGGAAACCCGUCGCCAUGCCCGUAUAACCCGGGCAACCCAUUCAACCCGGGAAACCCGACGCCAUGCCCAUAUAACCCGGGCAACCCAUUCAACCCGGGCAACCCGUCCCCUUUCCCGUAUAACCCGGACAACCCGUUCAACCCGGACAACAUAUUCAACCCGGGCAACCCGUCGCCAACCCCUUAUAACCCGGGCAACCCAUUCAACCCGGGCAACCCGUCGCCUUUCCCGUAUAACCCGAGCAACCCGGGCAAUCCAUAUGGGCCAACCUACCCGUUGUGGAGCGGACCUACACCUACCAGAUGUGGUGAUGGUCCCAUAAGGGCGACGAGCCCCCGCAGCGCGGUGCCUAGUUCGCUGCAGACUGCGGGCUUCAGGGCCAUGAGGGUUCCAGGGGGCACGUUCUUUAUGAAGCCAUCAGCUAAUGUGGUGAUCCAACUGCCGCCCAUCCUCGUGCAACCGUCACCGUUGAGCCCGAUCCAGCCGCCACCGAUCGUAGUCAGGCCACCACGCCAGCCCCCCAUCACCCCACCACCAGUGCUCGUUCGACCACCACGGCUACCGCCAAUCACCCCACCGCCAAUCACUGUGAGACCACCACAGCCACCGCCAAUAUCCCCCCCACCUAUUGUAGUUCGACCACCUAGGCCUGCACCAAUACUGCCAGAAUCCAUCAGGGUGAAUCCACCACAGCUUCCUGAUAUUAAUCCGCCACCAUUCGUUAUUAGAGUACCGCGACUACCGACGCUUCAGCCUCCACUAAUCAGUGUACCGAUCAGCGGUUGUGGAAGUAAUCCGUGUAACCGUUUUAUCCCGUUUAGCCCAUGCGAUACUUGCAACCCUUUAAACCCUUUCCCGUGCAACCCUUGUAACCCGUGCAAUCCGGUCAACCCGUGCAACCCAUGCAACCCGGUCAACCCAUGCAAUCCUUGUAACCCAUGCAAUCCGGUCAACCCAUGCAACCCUUGUAACCCGUGCAAUCCGGUCAACCCGUGCAACCCAUGCAAUCCGGUCAAACCGUGCAACCCAUGCAAUCCGGUCAACCCAUGCAAUCCUUGUAACCCAUGCAAUCCGGUCAACCCAUGCAACCCUUGUAACCCGUGCAAUCCGGUCAACCCAUGCAACCCUUGUAACCCGUUCAGCCCGUGCAACCCAAGCUCGAGUCCGUGCGACCCGUACAAUCCAUAUCCAAGUCCGUGCGACCCGUGCAAUCCAUACCCAAGUCCGUGCGACCCGUGUAAUCCAUACCCAAGUCCGUACAACCCGUGCAAUCCAUGCCCUAGCCCGUGCGACCCGGGAAAUCCAUGCCCCAGCCCAUGCCACCCUCCGUGCGGCCCGUGCAACCCAUGCCCCCCAUUAUAUUAAAACGCUGGAUUUUACGCAUAUUUAAAUCACAUUGAAAUAUUUAGCUAAUCAAUCUG